AUGAGACGGGUGCUCUUUGUCGCCGAGAAGAACGAUGUUGCCAAGGGAAUAUCAAACAUUUUGUCCAAAGGCCAGUCCAAUCGUCGCGAUGGAUUUUCAAAGUACAAUAAGAUCUACUCAUUCCCUAUGGAGUUUCACGGACAGCAAUCUGUGAUAGCGACAACGUCCGUUAGUGGUCACCUCAUGAACAUGGAUUUCGGGCCUGAAAUGAGAGAUUGGCAAAAUGUAUCGAUUGAACGGCUUUUUGAUGCGCCCAUUUGUUCGACCGUCAAUGCUGAGAUGAAAGAUAUAGAGCGAACAUUGGUCCAAGAAGCGCGAAGCGCUAGCACACUCGUUUUAUGGACGGAUUGUGAUCGAGAAGGGGAGAAUAUUGGCGAUGAAAUUCGAAGGGCUUGUAUCAAAGCUAAUCCCAAAAUUGAUGUCUAUAGGGCAAAAUUUUCCGAGGUUACUGCUGCUGCCAUUUAUAAAGCCCUCCGGGAAUUGAAACGACUUGAUAUGAACAUUGUCAACGCUGUUUAUUGUCGAAUGGAGUUGGACUUGCGAAUUGGAAGCGCCUUUACUCGAUUGCAAACUCUUCAUCUUCGACGGUGCUUUGCUGCACUUUUGGGUGGUCAAAAUAAACAAGUAAUCUCUUACGGAAGUUGUCAAUUUCCAACGCUUGGAUUUGUCGUAGAAAGAUACAAAACUAUUGAAAAUUUUAUAAAGGAGAAAUUCUGGAAGCUCUCGGUUGAACACGUCAAAGACGACUCAAAGACUGAAUUUAUUUGGGAUCGGGAGAGAUUGUUUGAUAAAACCAUUGUCGAGCUAUUGAGAGACGAUUGCAUAUUUGCAAGGACAGCAAGAGUUGAGAACAUCAUAAGUCGACAGAAGAAUAAAUGGCGUCCAGCAGCUCUAGAUACAGUUGAGUUCGAGAAACUUGCCGUUCGUAAACUUCGUUUGAGUGCCAAAGUAGCAAUGGGUAUUGCGGAAAAGUUGUACAGUACCGGAUGGAUUUCCUACCCAAGAACUGAAACCAACAAAUUUCCGCCAAAUAUAAAUCUUGCAAAUUUCGUCGAUAUGCAGAAGGAUAAUCCAAUGUGGGGAAGCUUUGCGCAAGGAAUUAUCAAUGCCGGAGGUCCAACCCCUCGCAAUGGAUCUAAGAGUGAUCAAGCCCAUCCUCCAAUUCAUCCUCUAAAAGCAGCAACAAGAGAUCAAUUACAUGGCGAUGAAUGGCGUGUUUACGAAUUGGUGGUUCGCCAUUUCCUUGCUUGUGUCAGUAAAGAUGCGCAUGGCUUGGAAACUCGAAUAUCGUUACGUAUUGGUGGAGAGCGAUUCACAACGACUGGCUUACAAAUUGAGGAUUUGGGAUAUUUAGUGGUUUACCCCUAUGAUAAAUGGACAGACAAGGCACUGCCAAAGUAUAAUUAUGGAGAAACAUUUGAAAACCACAAAGUUUUGAUGAGUGAAUCGCAAACACAGCCACCGCCUUUAUUAACAGAAGCUGACUUAAUUGCGUUGAUGGACAAAUUUGGUAUUGGUACUGACGCGACUCAUGCAGAACAUAUAGAAAAAAUCAAAGAAAGGCAAUACGUUGGGGUAAAUCCUACGGGUCAUUUCAUCCCAGGAUAUUUGGGGCUCUCUCUUGUUGAUGGAUAUGAUGCGAUGGGUUUUGCUAUGUCUAAGCCUCAAAUGCGUGCUAAUCUGGAGCAGCAAUUAGUGCUGAUAUCGCAAGGAGCUCGCACAAAGGAUGAAGUACUAAAAGAGCAACUUCAGCGUUACCGACGAAUUUUCAUCAUUGCUGAAACAAAGAUCAAUAACCUGAGUCAAGCGUUUUCCAGAUACAUGAAUAACAACCAAAAUCCGAGAAAUCCAGGCGGUGGCGGAGGCAAUUUACCGAGAGGUGGUCAUACUGGUGGAACUUCGACUUCAUCAACAACUAGAGGAGCCGGAAGUUCAAACUUUAAUCGUGGUACUUCAAGAAAUGGUCCAGAUGAUGUUUCAAAUCAAUCAAGGAAACGUCAAGGAGAUGCGAGUGAUAAAGAAAAUACGGUUCCUCAUUACGAAAUGGUACUUGACCAACCACAACAAGGACGAAGUACACGCGGAAGAGGCAGAGGAAGAGGAAUAAAUCGUGGUGGUGGUAGUGGCACAGGCACAAGGGCAACGAAUUCAGCAUUACCUCUUUGUAAAUGUAAAAUUCCAAGCGUGGAAAAAACUACUACGAAAGAAGGGGUGAAUAAAGGAAGAAAAUUUUACACAUGUUCAAAAGAAAUCAACGCGCCAGAUCAUUGCAAUUUCUUCUUAUGGCAGCCAAGA